CAACCAUAAUCUUCACCCUUAUCACCGCUCUCCACACUCGUCUCUCCACUCUCCACUGCUACUCUCCCUGUGCGCUUGUUGCUUGCAACCUUGUAAUAAUCCCCUCGAGUCGCUCGCUGUCUCACCUUGCGCCUGGUGCCAUGUCCAUUCGCUCCACCUAAUCCUCACCAUUCCCCGCCUCUCGUUCUUUCGUAUAGUACCUACGCCAUUCCCGCAACGCGCAACCUGCUGCAAAUGGGCAAAUACAGAUAUGGCGUUAUCCUCGAUGCUGGGUCAUCGGGGACCCGUGUGUACACCUAUCGCUGGCUUAACCCCGCGAGAGCCCGCGCAGAUGCCGACGAGGAAGACUUGCAUUCUCUCCCCAAGUUGAAGACGAAGAAGGACUGGACGCACAAGAUUCACCCAGGUGUGUCGACCUUUGGCAAGACCCCCGAACGCGUCGGUCCGGACCACCUUCAACAGCUGCUCGAUCAUGCGCUCGACGUCGUGCCCCCGGAGGAGGUUGAGAAUACGCCUAUAUUCCUUCUCGCGACAGCCGGUAUGCGACUGCUUCCCGCAAACGAACGAAGUGCGCUUCUCGAUCAGAUAUGCACGUACGCGAGGCAAAACACGAAGUUUCAGUUGCCCGACUGCGAUUUACAUAUUCAGGUUAUUCCAGGAGAGACUGAGGGCUUGUACGGAUGGAUUGCUGCAAAUUACCUGCUUGGCGCCUUUGAUAAAGCAGACGAGCACCAACAUGGAAAAGGCCACCACACGUAUGGAUUUCUGGACAUGGGCGGAGCUUCGGCACAGAUCGCAUUUGCGCCGAAUGCGACGGAGGCUGAGAGGCAUGCCAAUGACUUGAAGCUGCUGCGCCUGAGGACGAUAGGUGGCUCGCAGCUGGAGUACAAAGUUUUUACGACCACCUGGCUGGGGUUUGGUGUCAACGAGGCCAGGAGAAGAUACGUGGAGGCAUUGCUGGAGGCCUCGCCCGAUGUGAAAGAACUACCGGACCCUUGCUUGCCCCACGGCCUUGAAGUCACGACACAAGGAAAGCCAAUCGAGGACGGGUCGGACGAGAGCAAGGAUCUUGUGCCACACUUGGCUGGUACUGGCAAGUUCACGGAAUGCCUGAGCAGGACCUUUCCGCUCCUCGAUAAGGAUGCGCCCUGCCUCGACGCGCCUUGCUUGCUCAACGGGAUGCACGUGCCGGCGAUUGACUUUGACGUCAACCACUUUGUUGGGGUUUCAGAAUACUGGCACACCACGCAUGAGAUAUUCGAAAUGGGCCACAAGGACAAAGCGUACGAUUUCAAAACGUAUCAAGAAAGAGUUAGCAACUUUUGCAGUCAACCUUGGGACAAGAUUGUCGAAGGUGUCAACAACAAGGCAUGGGGAAAGAAGGUGGAUGAGGCCAAGGCGUUUGAGGUUUGCUUCAAAGCAUCUUGGAUCAUCAACGUUCUGCACGACGGCAUCGGCGUCCCAAGAAAAGGCCUUGAAGACAUGAAGAGCGGACACAAUGGUACCAAGGCAGUGCUGGACAAUGCCAAGGAAAAAGGCUAUCUCGACCCCUUCCAGGCCAUCAACAAGAUCGACGAUACCGAAGUUAGCUGGACCCUUGGCCGGAUGGUACUGUAUGCUUCCUCUCAGGUCAACUCGGAGCCCGAAGCACUUGCCGUCGGUUUUGGCAGCAACCAACCCGGCAUACCAUCCGACUUCCAGUAUGCAGGCGGCAAGUACACGGCUCUGCCCGACGAUCUGGACGACGACGACUGGCAUGACGUUUUGUUCACUGAUUCGCCGCGCCGUAUUCCUGGAUUCCUCCUAUUCUUCCUUAUCAUCUUGGUGGCAAUGUACUUCCUCUGUGGCCGCGAUCGGCGCUCCUCCAUCUCACGCAAGACCCGCCACUUCUUCCACAUUGGCUCUCCCGCAACGAAGAAGCGCCCCAGUGGUGGUGCCGGUCUUGGACUAGGCGGCAAGCUUUUCGGCGGCAACACCAGCCCAACCUACGAGCGUGUACUUGAAGGAGGAGAUUUUGAGCUUCAAGAGUCCGCGGGUGAUGCUGACCCGUAUCACUCGGAUUCGAGCGACAACAGCAACUCCAAAGUCGGUCGCACGUCCGGCUGGGCAACGCCACAGCUCAAGCCCCACAACGGUAUCAGCCUCGAUCUUGGUCCUGGCUAUUUUGACAAUGCUGCCGGGCAAGGAGUCGGACUGGGCCUGGGACCGUCUUUUGCGGGCCGCGGAGCAAUGAUCAGCAAUCCCAUGGACCGGGGUGGACUGAUGGCCAGGAAUGAGUCGCGAGAGCGGCUGAGCGCCAUGGUGGGGAUACCGCGCGCUAGGAGCCGGAACGGCAGCCCCACGAGGGGAAAGAGUCCGCUCAUGACUCCGUUCAAGGAGUCUGUUGACUGAUGCAGUAAUUGGAUGGACGAGUAAUGUGGUAUUGACGCUAACGCAAGGAGGAUUCUCUCUUUGUUUCUUUUCUAUAGGCGCACUCAAGGAAAGGGUUUGGAUGCGAUUCGCUCCGCUUUCGUUGGGGCUGCGAGGCGUUACGUCUGGGCUCGAGGGUGCUUUGUUGUUGCAAGCAAUGGCAUUAUCGAUAAAAAGCAUGGGCGCUGCUGCUAACCACUGCUGCGAUGGGAGGAGCUUCUUCCUUCUGUCUCGCUUGUGGUGUUGUUUGCUGCUCCCUUUCUCUUUCCGCUAUUUUCGCUUCUUUGCUUGACUAUCGCUGGCACCUGCUUUGGGGGCUCGGCGUCGAGCUGCUUUCUUUAUAGAUGUAGGAAUUUUUUAUUAGUUGCUGAGAGUAGGCAGGCAGGCAGGCACAUACGCGCGUGGAGAGGCGUGGCUGCCUACCUAGGUAUUUAAUGACAAGCUAUGUGUACUG